AUGUCCGGAUCUGGAUCUACGCUCGGAGGACUCAUCCAGACUUCCUCCCCGGCUGAAGGUGUCAGAGUCAUCACCUUCAACCGACCACAGAAACGGAAUGCUCUAUGCACUGAACUCUUGACUGAAUUCCUCACGGAGCUCUCCGCAGCCUCCAAAGAUUCUGCUGUCAAAAUCAUUGUCCUUACCGGCUCUGGCGGCUUCUUUUCGGCCGGUGCCGAUCUCCAGGAUAUCGCCGCGCUCGACGCGGCUGCUGCCCGAUCAUGUCGAUAUCUCGAGGAUCUUUGCACUGGCAUGGCGUCUGUCCGAAAGCCUCUUCUGGCAGCUGUUGAAGGACCUGCACUUGGGGGUGGGUUUGAGGUUGCUCUUAUGUGUGACAUGAUAUUCGCAUCCAAGACGCGAACCUAUUUUGCGUUGCCCGAAGUUAAACGCGGGCUCAUCCCCGGGGCCGGGGGCACCCAGCGGCUCACGGCAGCGCUCGGCAAGUUCAAGGCAAUGCGGACAAUUCUUCUGGGUAAACCCAUCACUGCCGAGGAAGGACUUUCACAUGGUCUUGUUUGCGAGCUCUUUGACGAUGGGAGUGUGCUUGAAAGUACUAUCAAAGUAGCCGCUGAACUAGCCGCCAAUGCGACCGAAGCUAUGCAGCUUGCCAAAGAGGCCAUCUGUCGUGCCGAUAGUCUUGGGCGUGAUGACGAGUUCGAGAGGACCCUCUACUACAUCACGAUGGGAACAGAGGAAAAGAUGAAGGGUGUCAAUGGAUUCCUCAAGAAAACUAAAUCCCAUUGA